AUGGCGACGGCUGGGAUCCAUGCCAUCGUAACGCAACUGCAAGCACAGGGGGCGGACGAAGCGCAGAUCACAGAGACUGUGCGGAGGGCCACCGAGUACUUCCAGCAGCGAAAGUGGGUACUACGAACUCACAGCAGGGCCAGCGAGCAAGAGACACCUAGCAGUGCUCCAUCUUCUGAUAUGAUGCCUGAAUCGACUACAAAGAAGCCCGAGACGGAGCAGAAAGAGCCGUAUCCUGCUUCGUUUGCGGCCAUCGUAGAGCUCCUAACUACAGGCCGAAAAGAUGAGAUCCCUGGGAUCCGCGAGAUCCCACUCAAGAUUCAUGAUCAGGCGCCCAGCGAGUCCAAGAUGACACGCCCACGCAAGCCAUGGGAGUAG